UGCACUAGUGCUGAACAACAUCGAGUGCACACAGCAAACGCUUCUUGUGUGGGUGGUUAGAGCGAUGGUUACUCACCCAGUUCCGGUAAAAUAGAUCAGGAAGGGGAGAGUACCUCUAGCUAGACAAGAGAGUCCAAAGGGAGAGAACCAACAGUAGCCAGAAGAGUGAACAGUUUUAAAAAGCAAGUCACCGCAGAAGACGAACUGGCCCAACAAUGGCGGGCGGACCCUUCGAUGGACUACCCCUCCGUGGAAUAGGUUACGGGCAGGCGAUUGGUGAGACGAUCAGGUCACUGGCAACAGAUCGAACCGUCAGGUUUUGUCAACUGGCCGGCGGUCUGUUCGUCUUGUUCCACAUCCUCAGUGCUGCCCUGGAUAAGAAAGAUCCAGUUGAUAUGGUUAAAGCCGGCCUCGAUGUUCUGUUUUUUGAAGCCCUCGCCUCUAUCCUCAUCCCUACUGUCUUCUGUGCGCAGGUGCUGAGUCUAGCCAGGGAGCUCUUCAGUCGACUCAACGUGGGCGGGGACGCCAACAGGUUUGGGCCACCCAUCCUCACCCUGGUCCUGCUGUUCGCCAUCUCCACGCCCGUGGACGGGCUAGUCAACUCCCUGCUGGACGCCACCAUCCGAAAGGUGUUGUAGAACACCCACAUGUCACCAUAACACCACAGCUGUUUGCUUGAUAUCCGAAAGGUGUUGUAGAUCAUCCACAUGUCACCAUAACACCACAGCCGUUUGAUAUCCGAAAGGUGUUGUAGAACACCCAAAUGUCAUCAUAACACCACAGCUGUUUAAUUGAUACAAAAAUAAACUUUGUAU